UGCCCACUGACAUGCAAAAUAGCUAAGCCCGUUAGGCUUCAAUAUUUAACCCCAGAUGAGCUUCAGUAGCCACAUUUACAAACAAAUAGUGGCUUAAAUGAGGCCCCAAUCAAUGUAAGUUGAUCUUUAACUGUUUGCUGAGCAAAUGCCAAUCUUUUACUCGGAGGAAUUCUGCCAUCCACAGUCACUUAGUCGCUCCUUUUUUGGACAAGACAGCAGUUUUUUUUCUAUUUUAAAUUUAAGGCAUAUUUCCAGAUGAUCUGGGCUCCCUUAUAAGAGUGUGUGACUAAGUAAAGUGUUUGAUACCUGCAAACAAUACAGCAAAGAUACUAUAAACAAAGCUACUUCGUAAGGACAUGGACCUUAGUCUGACACUCCUGGUCAUCUGUCUCUGCAGCCAAGGAGUGACUAAUGCUGAGGUGGCAGAAGAUGAGUCAAUCCCAUUGGUGCCCCUUAUUCCUUUGAUGCCCAGCCACCCCAUAAAUAGAGUAGAAAAUGAAAGUACAUCACAACCAGACGCUGCAAAUACCACAGACGCACCUGAAUUCACAACAAACAUAACUAGGCCCAAUGGGGGGUCAUCAGAGGAAGAGCAAGAUCAGGGCUGUCUUUCUGGUGGCCGAAGCCCACAGUCCAUAGAAGCUAUUGCUGCUUCCAUACAGAAACUGGGCAUACAGCUGCUGCAGAACCUGGAGACAACGCCAGAGCAACCAAAUGUCAUCAUAUCUCCUUUCAGCAUAUCAUUAGCGCUUUCCCAACUUGCUCUAGGGGCAGUUAAUGAGACGGAGGAGCUGCUGAUGCAUCAUCUUCACGAAAACACUCUCGCCUGCUACCACGAGUCUCUGCAUAAUGUCUUAGAGAAGCUCAGAAACAAUGACCUGCAAAUUGCUACACGCAUCUUCCUGAACCAAGGGUUUCAGCCGAAGCAAGACUUCGUCCAGGAAUCCCAGCGGUUGUAUGAGUCAGAACCAACAGUUCUAGAGAGCCUGCAACAGAUAAAUGACUGGGUAGAGAAGGCAACAAAUGGAAAGAUGACUGAAUUUCUAUCUGCUUUACCACCCAAUUUGCUCCUAAUGCUCAUCAAUGCUGUCCAUUUCAAAGGAGAAUGGAAAGCUCGAUUUGACCCACGCUUCACCUCCAGAGGUGUGUUCUACCUUGAUGAAAAACACAUGGUUGAUGUUGAGGUGAUGGAAGAUGCUAAACAUCCCUUGAGUUUAUUUAUUGAUAAUGAACUGGAGGCUCAGGUAGCAAGCUUCCCAUUCCAAAAUUCCAUGAGCUUGUUAGUGGUCAUGCCUUUGUCCGGCCAGGUCAACGUGUCUUCACUUGCUGCAAAGCUGAAUAUCUCCGACCUUUAUAAUCGCCUGCCCAAGGAAAGGGCUGUUCAAGUUAGAGUCCCCAAAUUCAAACUGGAAUAUGCUCAAGAGCUACAGGAUGUUUUUACCAAAUUGGGCCUUGGAGAUAUGUUUUCUAGUCCCAAUUUAGCCAACAUGGCAGAUGGCCACCUGCUGGUGUCCAGUGUGCUGCAUAAAUCCUGCAUGGAGUUAAAUGAGGACGGUGCAGAGGCUGCUGCAGCCACCACUGUGGUCAUCUCACGGGCAUCCAACCCUAUUUUCCACCUCAGCCAACCCUUCCUCUUUGCCCUUUUGGAUGAUAAGACUCAAGUACCAAUCUUCAUGGGUGUCAUCAACAACCCUAACCCCGGAGCUCCUGUUUUGCAGAGAGGAGAAUUUGGAAGCAUGGAUAAAGUAGGAUACCCAUUUGACAAGCAUUACAUGGGCUCAUUCGGACCCCCACCUAAGUAGGGACUAAUGCCUGCACAACCGUCCCAGGGAAAACCCAGACCAAGACCUGUAUGAUUGUACGGAUUAAGUGUACAAUAUCACUUAGCUGGAUCAAAAAUGUGUGUGAGGACAGAUGCUUCAUUUGUUUCCCUGUUUCAUUAUAGAAUAUACAGGAGCCCAGUAUCCACUGAAAACAUGUAAUAUUAAAUACAAAUUUAUUGGUUUAGAUGAUGAGCAAUUCUUCUAAAACCUUCUAAAAAUUACAUGUAACAAUAAGAAGUUGUUUAUACCCCUUUAAAUCUCAUCAUCUUUGAGUUAUUUGAUUAGCCUACACUUGAGACUUUCAAUAUGUCAAAAUGUGCAUAAAUGCAUAAGUGUGUAUUUAAUGGAAUUUUGAAAGGUGUUAUCUAAUGAAUAAAUUUGAUUUGAAUCGCAA